AUGCCAAAAGCUGUUCGCGCAAACACCCGCAAAACCCAUCGCCGCACUGAAGCUGUCGAACGACCUGGCAGAGUCACUAGGUCGCAAUUGAAACCCCAACUUACGAUCAAGACGCCAGUACCCCCCAACUCCACCACGCGACGCAAGCGUAAGAUACCAACCCUUCCACUAUAUACCAGAUCGCAAAAGGAGAUAUCAGCAGAUUCCAACCGGCUAUUGCCCCUCUUCCGUCUCCCUCGGGAAAUCAUUCAAGACAUAGCGACCAACCACCUUCCUCUCGACUCUGCCGUAAGCCUAACACUAACAUGCAAAGAAGCCCUUGCUAUCAUUGGUUCAUGGUCAUGGCCACAAUUCAAUAAGUUGCAGCGGUUGAGCUUUUUCCGAAAAGACUUUAUCCAAGCACAAGCCAGAGAUUGUGCAAGUGGGGAAGGAGCAGCCUUGACUUAUUGUCCGAUGUGCAAUACCCUACACCCGCCAUUACAAAUCCCGCGAAACCACAUAAGGACAGCACUGACAACAUACUGUUUCGGACAAGACGAUUGUGUCAGCUAUUUUCCAAAGAUGAACAACGAACGGGGUUACAGUCUGGUUUUCAACCACGUCGCUGAUGCACUCCGUCAGUCCUCAGAGUACGCAAAAAAGGGUUGCCAUGGACCGCAAAUCGACUUGCUAGCCGGAGACUACACAGUCGAUUACCCCAUACUAGGGCUGAGCUGGCAGGUCACAUCGAAAGGCCGACGUGUAGAUGGGAAUCUUAUCGUGCAGCACAUUCAUACGCUCCAGACUGUGAGGGAUUACAAUGACAUGAGAGGGAAGAAAGACUUGUAUGCAGUGUAUAUACUAGCUCUGCCUAUUCGACUGUGUCCACAUCAAUCUACCGUGACGACAGGGCCUCACGCACCCUCAUGCUACAUUAAAAGCAAGGAAAAGAAUAGUCCGCAGUUCACGCAUGCCAUCACCACCGCUUUCCCCACAACACGGCGGGAAACACUAGGAGGCACACACAUCCCCCAACAGACGAUGAACAACGCAUUCUCCAAACCCACACCCCGCGAGCUCGAAGCCAUGAACGCCGCAGACGCAGGAAACAAAAACAUCCUGUGGUGCUGUCGCUCUUGUCCUACAAAGUAUAGAGUUGAGUUUGGUGGCGGGAAGCUGAAGAUUUUGGCAUGGCAUUCUUUUGGGAGGGAUCAAUUGCAUGCAAGUAAGUACUGGAAGUGGUUUGUCAGGAGAGAGGGCAAACUGCUGGGGAUGGAUAAGAGGAAUGAUGAGUGGUGGAGCCCGGCGAGGACGGUGCCGAAUUUUGAGAUUGGGGAGGGGGAAUGGGAGGAUGAUUCAUUGGGAACGGGAAAAGAGCUGUGA